AUGCAAAAGGUUCGAGCCCCCUCUCGCUGUGCCACCGUAUGCAAGGAGGUGAAGGGAGUCCAGUUCUGUAUUCUCCCCGGGAACUCGAACCCAAGACUUCGCCAACGUGUGCAGAUGCUUGAUAUGGGCAUGCCGCAGGCUUCCUCACCGGCAGGAGCAGCACUCGGUGAGGGCACAGGAUUGGCCGGAGGGGAGAGAUAUCUCCGGCGGCGCAGGGAGGAGGGCAGGGGAUUGGCCCGCCUUGAGGUUGUUUGGCCCCACCGUACCAGACAAAAGAUCGGAUGCCAAACGCGCUGCUGCUGCUGUCGCGGAGGAACUGGGAAGGGAACGUCCGCCGAGGGACGCGUCGCUGCGCGCGCCGACGCGUGCGCUCCUCCAGUCCUGUUGACGCUUCGUGGCCUGAUGGCGAGGGAAAGGGCCAGGGUAGACCAGCUGCCAUCACACCCGCGCAAGAUCCCUACCACCACCCAUCUGUUGAGAGAUAGCAGCAUUAGCACAGCCAGAUAUUUGAGCUCACCGCGACCACCUCCUGCUCGAAUUCCACGCCACAACUUGCUGGCCCCACGCAUAUUCCACCACAACCCAGAUUUCUAG